AAAACCCGUAAAAGUAUUAUAGAUAAUCAUUCUGAGAAAAUUGUAAAGCUAAAAAAUGUUGCUGCUUUAAGCAAUGUAGCCUGAGAAAACAGCUGACAUUUCGUGACGCCAUUGAUCACUGGUUUCCUCGCGAGGUGAUGUCUGACAAUAGAGUGCAGAAAUUUCAUACUGAUGACAUGACAUUGCCAAGAUCUGGGUAGUGACAUGUAAUCAGCAUGGAAUUUCUGCACCCAUUUCUCGGACGUCAUUUCACAAGGAAACCAGUGGUCGUGUCGUGAAAUGUCUGCCGUUUUCUCAGGGGAUCAGCAGUGGGACAUGUAGGUGAUACAGCUAUACUGUUAGUUGCUUAAAUAAAUAUAAAGCACUGGACACUGUUUCGAUCUCAUUACAGCUGUUGAAGGGUGGAUCUUGUUUAUCACCAAUGUACACGAAGAAGCCCAAGAAGAUGAUAUACAUGACUCAUUUUCUGAGUAUGGAGAAAUAAAAAACCUCCAUGCUAAUCUGGACAGAAGAACUGGUUUCUUAAAGGUAAGUCUUUCCCAAAUAAGAAGUGCAUGAGUUGCGGAUUUCCAAAUUUCUGUGCAGGCUCUGAUAUUUUAAAUAUCAUUUCAACUAUUUCCAAUGGUUACAAACGUGGUAGCAAUCAUGCUUGUGAGCUUUCCUGCAACUGGUCCCAGCUCCUGAUGUGUUUUGCUGCAAAAGGAUUGCCGCUCUUGGAUCAGAAUGAGACACCUACGACUAUGACUGUGACAUCUGGCUCUGUCCCUUGGGUGACUCUAUUGUUGUUUAAAAUUUCACUACAUUUCUUGUGUCAAUGGUGUUUUGAGUUUCAUGGUAACCAUAUAAAGGAGCAUUGGAUGAGAGCACUCGCCUCCCACCAAUGUGGCCUGGGUUCACAUCCUGGUGAUGAUGCCGUAUGUGGGUUGAGUUUGUUGUUGGUCAUCUCCUUUGCUCUGAGAGGUUUUUCUCUGGGUACUCCGGUUUUCCCCUGUCCUCAAAAAUCAACAUUUCCAAAUUCCAAUAUUUGAUCAGGAAUCAAGUAGACGAAGAAGAACUUUGUGGAUGUGCUACUUCCAAAUCAUUAUUUAUUUAUUUAUUUAUAAAAGAGAAUGUUAUUUUUGUGUAAUGUGAUGUGUAACUGGGUCAGGUUUGUGCAGUUUUGGAUUCUCUAGAAACAAGAAAAUUGACCCCAAAAAUGUUUGGAUUUUUGCACCUAGCUUAUGUUACAACAACAUGCUUCCCUCUGUGCUUUUCUUGUCUUAUGCAGAAAAGAAUGUCCACGGUGCUCCUUCACCGCUUUUUGUUCAUAAAACUGAAAGAUCAUGCAUCAAUGCAUGUACAAGAGUAUGUCUUGUUUAUAUCAUUAAAUAAACUAGAAAUAUAGACUGUUUUGAAGUAAUGAUUCAACAAUUCCUACAUGUACUUUACAGGGUUAUGCACUUGUGGAAUACGAAACAUACAAGGAAGCACAGGCGGCAAUGGAUGCUCUUAAUGGGGCAGAUCUCCUUGGGCAGAAGAUUUCUGUUGACUGGGCUUUUGUAAAAGGACCACAGAAAACCGCUGGGUAA